AUGUCUUCCGUCCAAUCCGUAGACCCCGCAACGUUAGUGCGCGUUGCCCACAAUCUGCGCGCGGGGAAAUGCGUUCAGAUGGCGGCGUUCACCAUAUUGAUAUAUGACCACGUUUCGACACUCCCCCAAGAGAUCGAGCGCAUCUGGAAGCAUCGGUUUACGGGCGCAUCACUGCUAUUCUACCUCAAUCGAUACAUCACCCCACUGCAAUACAUCAUCGUCAUCACUGCAUUCCACCACCCGAAGUGGGUGGGCAAGGCAUGUGAUGAUUUUGUACCAUUCGUGGGGUAUGUGAGUGGGAUUAUGUCAAGCAUCUGCGAAGUGAUCAUGAUUCUCCGCGUGUACGCGCUAUACCGACGAUCAAACCGAGUCCUCGCAUUCCUCGCCGUUCUAUGGCUUGCGCAGCUUAUCGUAUCGAUAAAGGGUGUUAGCACAGGAUUCGCCGUUCAUCUCCCUCCUGGCCCCGCCUUUGUUGGAUGUAUCCUCACAGGAACAAGCAAAUGGUUCUAUGCAAUUUGGAUCGGGCCAUUGGUGACAGAUACUGCAAUUUUUGCGCUGACACUCUGGCGUAUUCGUCCAUACAUCGGGUCUUCUCAAAAAAUUCCAAUGAUUCAUAUAUUCUUGCGCGACGGAAUCUUCUACUUCCUCGCCAUUUUUCUGAUGAAUUUCGUCAACGCCCUACUAUUCUUUCUGGCGCCAAACGACCUCAAGCCCAUAGGAGCCCCUUUUUCAGCCAUGAUGACGACGUUGAUGAUCUCUCGCCUCGUGCUUAAUCUACGUUCAGCUCCUUCAGCUGGGAUCGACAUCGUGGAGACGAACGUGAUCUCAAGACCAAAAGAGCCAAUCGUCUUUAGAGCUAGGAUGACAAGAGCACUGGGGAAACUGGGUGACGAUUUCGAGACAUCAAGAGAUUAUCGCACGAUAGAUGCCGAAAAGGAGGAGGAGUGGACCCCACAUUCGCGGUCUACAUUCAAUUUAUAG